AUGAAUCCAACCACAAAGACGGCGACCUCACUUGCCGUCGCUGUGCUGCCCACUUCAGGCGGCGUGAUCUAUUGGCGCCAUGUGCAACGUCACCGCCAAAAGGACGCCGAAGCAGGGGGAGAGGGACUCGGCAACCUGGCUACGAAGAAGCGACUGUGGAGGGACAGUGCUGGGAGGAUAGUCAACGCCAGUCGGCCCCAGAAGAUCGUCACCACCUCUCCAAGGCUCGAUGCCAGAUACGAUAGACAGACUCAGGCAACGGCUGAGGAUGCUCACAAUGCUCUGCCAUCUCCGCCUAUCUCAGAUCCGAGCACUGGACUAGACCAGAUGAGUCAUGAGCAGGUUACAGGCGGCACUUAUCUCCAAGGCCCGUGGCAAUCGAUUGAUUUGAACAUGAUGUUUCCAACUCCAGGGGCCGGUGACCUUGACUUUCUGUCCGACUCGUGGUGGUCCGACCAGUCGUACCAGACCACGGCAGAGGGCCCUUGUGGUCUCCCUUACAACGAUGUUUCUUUUCCUGAUACCACAAUCUCCUUCAGCACAUCACUGCCGACAUUGCAGUACUACAGUUGGCUUUUCGGGAAUGACUUUCCCAACACGACUGACCCUCAGUCCGAGCCAUUGCCAGACAUGACAACUGGCAUCGGGCUCACAGAUCACCAGAUGCAGCAUCAUUCGGUACCAGAUCGCCUUGAGCCGAACCUUCCCCCGCCUCCACCUCCUCCUGUUCAGUUCCGGAACGAAGACACCAGGUUCCCCUCCCUGAACACCCAUGUACGCCAGACUGUCGGAUAUCCUUCUACAAAUACGCAACCACGUCUCUCACCACAAGGUCUACCUAGCUAUCCCUCCGCCCCGACGAACCAAGGCGGUGCGAACGAACUCGGCAUGAUCGGGCUUGACAGUCCUGAUCUAUAUUUCCCCUCAAGCCGACAGACGAGAAGCUCCACGCGGACACCAUCUAACUUUGAGGAUUCUCCCAGCCGCACCCUGCCAGACACGUAUAUCCGACGACGUCCGACGAAGCUACCCGUGAUCACGAAUGAGGCCCGCGACGGGCUGCUGCAAUUGAUCGCUCAGGCUCGGCCAACCUUGCCAGACAAGUCAGAGAUCAGCCCGUGUGACCCGCUGCUGUCUCUGCAAUGUUUGCAGCAUUACAGUGAUUUGUUCUUUACACGGUUCAACUCCACGUAUCCCUUGAUUCAUGCGGCAACCUUUCAGAGCUCGAAGGCACACCCAUUACAACUCAUGUCCAUUGUCCUUCUGGGGGCCACGUAUUGCGACAAGAGGACGCAUCUGCUGGCCGUAUGUGUGCACAACAUCAUGAGACCGCUGAUUCACAGCAGCAAAGACUUUGGGCCGAGACCCAAACUCUGGAUGUUACAGACGAUUUUGUUGGUCGAGUGUUUUGGCAAGAGUCGUGCUGGCGAGCGCCAGCACGACAUGUCCAACCUCUACCACGGACUUCAGAUCAACCUCCUCCGAAGGAGCGAUUGCCACAACGCAUAUCUUCCACCUUGGGAUGAAGCAACUCAGACGUUGGAAGACUACUGGCACAUGGCAAUUGAGGCGGAAGAAAAGCGAAGACUUGCAUUGAUUUCCUUCAUGUGGGACACACAGCAUGCCAUCUUCUUUGCCCAGAUCCUCUGUUUGAAUGCGUCGGAACUCAAAGUGACCCUCCCCUGGGAUACUGCUAUCUGGGAAGCCGACACGGCCGAGGAAUGGCUCCAUCUAAGUCAAAACUCUCCCGCACCCCUACCGUACCUCACCGUGUUGCAAAUGUACACAGACCCGAGUGUGUCGUCCGCGCCCAUACAUCUGAACGCCCUGUCCCGGGUUCUGGUUUUCCAUGGACUCAUGUCUCUCUCGUGGGAUUUCCGGCGUCGUGAUCAGACGGCUUUGAACAAGAACGCUACUUCAACGCAGGUCAGGUGGCAAUCCAAGAUCAGCGCCUGCUAUGCGAAGUGGAAGGAGGACUUUGAUCGGUACACGCGCGACGUCCUGUCAACCUUGUCCACCGGUACAGCCGAACAUGGCAAAUUUCAACGCUAUGCCGUCGCCAACUCGGCCGUCUACCAUACGGCACAGCUGGUCCUGGAGGUCGAAACUGCGGAUCUACAGAUUCAUGCCGGGGCAAAACACAUCACCGGCCGACCCGUCACGGACCUGGAUCGCCAACGAUCGCGCGUGAGACUGAACGAAUACAUGUCGAGGGAUGAUGGGAAGGGGAUGGGCCAAGCGACAUGGCACGCCGCGCGACUCAUCCGCGACGGCAUCCGCAAGCUGGACAACUGGGAUGUUGACGACAUGAUCCUCUUCCCCUGGUGUCUGUACCUAGCGACCUUGACCUGUUGGACGACAUACAGCAUUACCGUUGGACAUGACGCGGACGAGCCGCGAAAGCCCCUUUACGACCAACCCGCGGCCGAUGAUGCGGAAGCGGGCGAAGACGACGACGACGACGACGACGACUGGGAUUCACGAACAGACAUGAACGCUCUGGUCAGUGCUCUGACGAGGCUCGACCCCGUGCGACAGACCUUCGCCAAGGACAUCUGGUCCGCAGCCAGGACGUAUCGGCCACAUGGCCUGCUCAAUUGCAUCGUGAAGACUCUCGCAACAGUCCGGUGGGCAGUGGUCCGAGAGGGCGUGAUCGUGCUUACGCAUCUGAUCGACCGGACCAGAGGAGAUGUCCCGGGUUCACAGUCGGACGCCGUCUAG